AUGGCUCUAGAUAUCGAGCUGGAGGAAGCCAGGAGGCUGGUUGAGGCGUCCUCCCGGGUUCUGGUGCUCACAGGGGCUGGGAUCAGCACAGACUCAGGCAUUCCAGACUUUCGUGGACCUGAUGGGUUGUGGACGAAGAAUCCAGGUGCCGAGGAGGCUUCUGACAUUGGUGUUUUCGUUAGCGAUGAGAAUGCCCGCAAAGCGUUUUGGCGCAUGAUGGCCUCACUUCAGUCCGACGGGCGAGGCCCGAAGCCGAAUACAGGACAUCGGGCUCUGCUGCAGCUGGAGGAGCAGAAGAAACUGCGCAUGCUGGUCACCCAGAAUGUGGAUGGGCUUCACCAAGCGGCCGGAACUAACCCUGAACUCGUGGUGGAAGUGCAUGGAAACACGCAGGAAAGCUGUUGCUUGUCGUGCGGGGAACCGCGGCCCAUUGCAGAGGUCCUGCCCCAGAUCGAGACAGGUGAGGAUCUGCACUGCCAUUGUGGUGGUCUACUGAAGGCAAAUGUGGUACUCUUCGGAGAGGCACUGCCGCCUCUGGCCCUCGCCAUGGCCUUCGAGGCUGCACGGGACUGCGAUCUCCUUAUUUGCAUCGGCAGCACGCUCUCCGUCUACCCGGUGGCUGCCAUAGUGCCAGAAGCUAAAGACUGCGGGGCUAAGCUUCU